AUGCUUCAACUCAGCUCCGACCCAAGCUUUCAUUUCGAACUCCUCCGCACUCUCGCCCAUGCGCGCUACUUUGGCGCAGACGUAGGCGAGGUGCUUGAGGCGGCCAGCCAAAUCGAAGCUGGCAACUUUGAGAGCUUCGCCAAGGUAUUCGAAAGCCUCGCCAACCGUGUCUACGAACAGGCCCAGCAGAUUGACAAGACCACGAGGCCUGUCUCCGCUCGUGAUGCGUAUUUUCGAGCAGCAACAUACUUCCGUGCAGCCGACUUUUAUCUGCACGGCAAUCCCGAGGAUUCACGCAUCAACGAUUUCUGGCAAAAGCAGACCAUUGCGUUUGACCGGGCCAUCGCCCUUCUGCCAAACCCCGGCGAACGCAUCACAUUGAAAGCGGAUGGCUUUGAUGUUCCUGCGAUAUUCUUCCGGACCGAUGUUGCUGAUGCGUCGAAUCCGAGACCAACUCUGAUCAUGGGCAACGGGUACGACGGAGCGCAGGAGGAAAUGCUCCAUUCGUGCGGCUUCGCGGCGCUGGAGAGAGGAUACAACGUCGUCACGUACGAGGGCCCUGGGCAACCGACUGUUCUACGAAACCAGGGUCUGGGAUUCAUCACGCAAUGGGAAAAGGUGGUCUCGCCUGUGGUUGAUUAUCUGCGCACGCGUGAGGACGUGGACGGCGCGAAAAUCGGGUUGAUUGGUUUCUCGAUGGGAGGGUUUCUUGCUCUCCGCGCCGCCGCGUUCGAAGGGCGACUCGCUGCGGCGAUCGCAAUUGACGGCAUAUUCGAUGUGCAUGGGGCGUACAUGAGUAUGUUGCCGCCGCCAUGGAAGAGUGCGAACGGAGAAGAAGUGGACGCGAUGGUUACGAAUCUCUUACAAAGUGGGAAAGCGCCCACUGGGCUGCGUUGGGGCGUUGAGCAGGGUCUAUGGAGUUUCAAGACCUCGAGUCCGGCAGAUUUUCUGGAUCGGACAAAGACUAUGACAUUGGAGGGGAUCUCGGGUGGGAUUCAGUGUCCGGUCUGGGUUGGUUGUGCCGGAGAUGAUGAGUUCUUCCAGGGUCAGCCCGAGAUGGUCCGGGACGCGUUGGGGGCGAGGGCGACGUAUGUCAAGUUGACGAUGGACGAUGGGGCAGGACAUCAUUGUCAUGUCGGUGCAGGCGUUUUGAUGAAUCAGCGCGUCUUCGAUUGGUUUGGGGAUGUUGUGGCGAAGAAGUGA